AUGAAACAUUAAUCAGUCUUAAUCAAUGUGCCGUACUGGUGGGCUGGGAUUGAAGGAAACAUGUCUUUGGUGCGACAAUUUCUUUGUACGGGAAUAGUAUGCUACCUGUGUAUAAGCAUGGGCGUGACGUUCACCUGGCCCUCAUCAACCCUCCUGCUGUUCAGCUCCGAGAAUACCACGCUGCACCGCCCCAUGACGGAGGGCGAGCAGGCGCUGUUCGGGAGUCUUUCUUCCAUCGGGGCUCUCGUGUCGACUCCGGCCGCUGGGUUCUUGCUCGAUGUGAUUGGGAGGAAGUAUUGUGCGACGCUAUUCUCUAUUAUGUAUGUGAUCGCCUGGGUCAUGAUAAUAGUCUCCAAUCGCGUCGAGGUCCUCCUAACAGCAAUCUUCAUAUCAGGAGUCGGUGGUGCUGCUUUCCUGGUUGUCCCUCUCUAUGUCAGCGAGUUCUGCCAGGAGUCCAUCCGAGGCGGCAUGGCCUCUGGCUCUGUGAUCUUCUAUGCUGUAGGGAUGAUCGUAUCCUACACGUUGGGUGGAUACGUGGAUUAUUAUCCUAUGCUUUAUACUUGUCUGUCGAUUGCCGUGGUUGGAGUUGUGCUGCUCAGUUUUCUGAAGGAAUCUCCGAUGUUUUUGAUGAAGAGAGGCAGAGAGCAGGAAGCUGCUAAGUCAAUGGCGUUCUACAGAGCUACGAAGGUGUCUUCUAAGGUGGUGCAACAAGAACUAGAAACUAUCCGUCGUAUUCUGGACGCUGCUAAGUUGGAUGAGACAGAAAUUCCGGCAGAAGAAAAAAAACUUCGGUCUAGCGAUACAGUGAAGCCAGCUCAGAAGGUUUCCACCUUAAAAUUUAUUAAAAAAUCCUACCCAACCCGUCGCGCCCUCCUAGUCACGAUGGUCCUGACCACGACCUCGGUGUUCCAAGGCCUGGUGGUGGUGCAGGUGUACGCGGAGACGCUCUUCUCCAAGGCCAUCCCCACCAUGUCCGCUACCAUCUCCAGCAUCAUAUUCUCUAUAAUCACGCUGGUGUCGGGUUUGGUCUCUGCGUAUUUGACAGACAUCGCUGGGCGGAAGCCUCUCAUGCUAUGCUCCUCGCUUGCCUCCGGCGUGUGCUGCGUGCUACUUGGCUCUCAAAUCCACAUGGGCUGGGCGCCGCACGCCGUCACCGCCGUAAUUAUUUACACAUUCUGCGUGGCCUACUCGCUCGGAUCCGGAACUAUCCCUUUUGUGUUGAGCGCUGAGGUUUUCUUACCCGAGGUGAAAGGCAUCCUGUCCAUGUUGGUGAUCGAGUGGGCCUGGCUCUGUGGUUUCAUCAUCCUGUUCGUCUUCACCCCGCUGGUGGCCGCCAUCGGCCUGGGUCAGAUCUUCUACCUCUUCGCUGCUGUGGGCUUCGCCAAUUCUGUCUUCACGUAUUUCUUCUUGCCGGAGACGAAGGGGUUGCCGGUCGACGUUAUACAAACGUUGUUUGAUAGGAAAAGGGAUCGUCGUGCGUGAGAUAAUUAACUAUUGAUU